AUGGCGGCUCCACAAGGGGGUUACCCUCCCCAGGAAGGGUACGCCCAGCCCGGUUAUGUCUCCCCGGAUCCCACACAACAGCAACAGUCUGCCGUUCCCCCGCAGGGAGCGCCGCCCUCUGGUGCCGCAGCCAAGAAGAAGAGAGCAUACGCAGGCGAGGCCUUUGAGUUUGGUUCCGGUGCCAAUGCUGCGCUGGGAGGCCAGCCCACUGCCGGAGGUGCUUACGGCGCCUAUCCCCAGCAGCCGCAGGCUGCGGGAUAUCAACAGCCGACCUACGGCGCCGACCCGACUCAGAUGCAGCCUGCCGCCGCGGGCUACGCUCCUCCUUCGGACGGGGUCUCGCAAAUGACCCAGCAAUUCGGCGGAAUGGGCAUGAGCGAGCCGCACCACAUGCCCCCGCCACAGCCACAGCCUGCGGUGCAGCCCCAACGCAACGUCCAACUCAACCAGCUCUACCCGACAGACCUCAUCUCUCAGCCAUUUAAUGUCGCAGAGCUGGACUACCCCCUCUCCCUCCCAUUGUUCUGCCUCCGCAGCGUUUUCGACUCUCCCACCGCCAAUUGCCCUCCCAAAUAUAUGCGGUCUACGUUGAAUGCAGUCCCUACGAAUAAUUCACUCCUCAAGAAGUCCAAGUUGCCUUUCGCUCUUGUCAUUCAGCCUUACGCCGCUCUUCACGACGCCGAGGAUCCUGUCCCUGUCAUCCCGGACCAAGUCAUUUCACGAUGCAGACGCUGCCGCUCCUAUAUCAAUCCUUUCGUUACCUUCCUCGACCAUGGCCACCGCUGGCGAUGCAACAUGUGUAACCUCACCAAUGAUGUUCCUCAGGCCUUUGAUUGGGAUUCGACACACCAACGGCCUGCUGAUCGUGCUCUCCGCGCCGAUCUGAACCACAGCAUGGUCGAGUUCGUUGCGCCUCAAGAAUACAUGGUUCGACCCCCACAGCCACUGGUUUACCUCUUCUUGAUCGAUGUGAGCUAUGCGUCGGUGACUAGCGGUCUUUUGGCCGUUAUCGCACGCUGCAUCAAGGAGAGCCUCGACCGCAUUCCCAACGCUGACCGACGGACUCGUCUUGGCUUCGUCGCAGUCGACUCCAGCCUGCACUACUUCAGUAUCCCCCGCGAUGGCUCCGCCAGCUCAGACCCUCGGAUGCUGGUUAUAAGCGACCUCGAUGAGCCCUUCCUCCCCAUCCCCGGUGACCUCCUGGUGACACUGAGCGAAUGCCGGGAGAACAUUGAGACAUUCUUGGAUAAGCUGCAGACGAUGUUCCAGAACACCCAGAACAACAGCUGCGCCAUGGGCUCAGCUCUACGUGCCGGUUACAAGCUGAUCUCGCCCGUGGGAGGUAAAAUGACCGUGCUGAGCGCAUCCUUGCCCAACGUCGGUCACGGGGCACUCACCAUGCGUGAGGAUAAGAAGGUGCUGGGUACGAGCAAGGAGUCCGCUCUUUUGCAGACUGCCAACUCCUUCUACAAGAGCUUUGCGGUUGAAUGCUCCAAGGCUCAGGUUUCCGUCGAUAUGUUCCUCUUCUCGUCCCAAUAUCAGGACGUUGCCUCUCUUAGCUGCUUGCCCCGGUAUACUGGUGGACAGACCUACUUCUACCCUGGCUGGAACGCGGCCCGGUCUGAGGACGCUAUGAAGUUCGCCCGCGAAUUCUCCGAGUAUCUCUCUUCUGAGAUCGGUCUGGAGGCCGUGCUCCGCGUUCGUGCCACCACUGGCCUGCGUAUGAGCACCUUCUACGGUAAUUUCUUCAACCGCAGCUCCGAUCUCUGCGCGUUCCCCGCUUUCCCCCGCGACCAGGCCUAUGUUGUCGAGGUUGCUAUCGACGAGACCGUGGCCAAGCCAGUUGUGUGCUUGCAGGCCGCCGUGCUUCACACCACCUGCAACGGCGAGCGCCGGAUUCGGGUCAUCACCGUUGCGCUGCCUACUACCACCAACUUGGCCGACAUCUAUGCUUCGGCUGAUCAGCAGGCUGUGGCCACCUUCUUCAGCCACAAGGCUGUUGAGCGUGCUCUCAGCAGUGGUCUCGAGCCCGCUCGCGAGGCUCUGCAGACGAAGAUUGUCGAGUUGUUGACGACCUACCGCAAGGAGCUUGCCGGUGGCAGCGUCAGCGGUAGUGGUCUCCAGUUCCCAGCUAACCUCCGCGGUCUGCCUGUCCUCUUCCUUGCUUUAAUCAAGAACCUUGGUCUUCGCAAGUCCGCUCAGAUCCCGACGGAUAUGCGUUCAGCCGCCCUUUGCCUUCUGUCGACUCUACCUCUGCCUCUCCUUAUCCAAUACAUCUACCCCAAGAUGUACUCUCUCCACGACAUGCCCGACAAUGCAGGUGUGCCCGACGAGCAGACCGGCGAGAUCCUUCUUCCGCCCACGGUCAACCUGUCUUCAGGCCGUAUUGCCUCAUACGGCCUGUACCUGAUUGAUGAUGGCCAGACGCAGUUCCUGUGGGUCGGUCGUGACGCCGUUCCCCAGCUCAUUGAGGAUGUGUUUGGUGUGGCGGACAAGAACCAGCUGCGGGUUGGUAAGACGACUCUGCCCGAGGUGGAUAACGAGUUCAACCAGCGAGUGCGAGCAGUGAUUGAGAAGAGCCGGGACCACCACUCGAAGGGGGUGGGCAGCAUGAUUGUGCCUCACCUGUACGUGGUGCGGGAGGACGGCGAGCCUGGUCUGCGGCUUUGGGCCCAGACUAUGUUGGUGGAGGACCGCGCGGACCAGAGCGUCAGCUUGGAUCAAUGGAUGACGACGCUGCGGGAAAAGGUAUGA